AUGCCGGAAUCACGAGCACUGUCGCACUCCUCCAAUCGUGGAGAUAGCACGCAGGCUGAGCACGACCUCCAGGCUCGUCUUGCAGCAGCGGAGAGGCACGUCGCCCUCGCUCUUCACGACCACGAUUAUGACCAGCUUAUUGCAGUGUCCACCGAAGCGCUGGAAAAGAAACCCAAAGUGAUGGACAAGAAGGUGAUCAAGUCACGAAAGAAUCUGCUGUGGGCACGAUCACAUGCCUAUCAACACAAAAACUCGCACGAGCUCGCGCUUCGCGACGCAAAGAAGGCCCUCAAGCUCGAUCCCCAUGAUCCAGGAUCAUUCCUCCGUACAGCCGUCAUGCUAGCCAACGCUGGACACAGCUCACAAGCAGAGAGCUGUCUGGAUCAGGCCUACGAGCUUGCACAACGACUCGAUCCGCCCACCAAAGCGGAAUGGCUGUGCAAAAUCCAGAAGCAGCGACGCGCGCUCAACCACGGCAAGACGAGUCCUAUCGAUGUUCUCCCGAACGAGGUUCUGGUCCAGGUGGCUCAGCACCUCGACCUUGGCGACCUCUCCGCGAUGGGCCAAACGUGCCGCAGAUGGCGUCAGACACUCUUGUCGAUCCCGGCAUUGUGGCGAUCCAUCACCAUACCAAUCAAGGCGAAGCGUCUGUCAGAGUCCAAGUACAAGUCAUGGUUGCAACAUGUCGAAAUGUGCACCGCAAGGGCCAACAACACACUCGAAAGUGUCACCUUCGUCCCGCCUUUCCCCCUUGCUUUGCUCGACAAGGUUCUGGACCUCCUGCGUGGCUCGGCUGCGACCCUCGUGCAUCUGGCUCUGCCGGUGAAUAACCAACAGAUUUGCUACUCUCGGCUAUAUCGCUACUGCCCCCGACUUUCCUCCGUCGACAGCACUGGGUGCGAUGGUAAUACUCCACGGGAGGACUUUGGUAGGCUCUUACCUUGCAGCGAAGAUGCGCUUCUGGAGCCAUUUUCUCUACAAGUAUUUCGCUCAGGCUGCAGUAGUCAUCAUCCCAGUCUCGUCAAACACUUGCACAGCUUGCGCGUAUUCGAGUGUUGCCCAUGCGGGAUAUCUGACGCUCUUGCGAGCCGAGCCGAUAACUUCACAAUAACGAGGGAUGAUAUCUUCCAACUCCUCUCGCAGCUGCUCAAGGACAAUGCAGCCACGUUGCAAGAGCUCAGUCUACCAUUCGGACUGCCCACGACUAGCCAUGGUGGGGUAACGAUGUCCAUCAACUUUCCCAAGGCAGUCAAAGCAGUUUUAAGCUCGCCUCUGAUGCUCCAGUUCCGCUUUCCUAGCUUGCUAGACCUGGACCUGCGCCUGGACACGACCCUCAGCGACGAUGUUCAACACCGUCUCGUCGCACUCCUGGCCACGAGCCCGUGUCUGCGAACUCUCAAGUUCUCGGCUCCAGGUACAGCCGUACGGCACGAGAUUUUGACAGCUCUGGAGCACCUUGCAGAUCUUCAAACACUCGACCUCAACGAUGCAGGUUGUGCCACGGGGUUGGUCGCCGCAUUGCUUCCGACAGCAACCAGAAGCGAGUCUGGAAAAAGCCGGAUCAAUUGGCGCUUCUCGAGGCUGCGAGAGCUCAAACUCGAUGCUUCUAUGUUGGAUCUGACAAGGCUGGCUGCGGCCUUGAUUGUGCGCGACAGUCUGUUGAACGGCGAGACGCUCCAGGAAGCCCAUCAGGUGUCUAACGAGCUUCUUAAGGCGCUGAGCCACAACACGUCAACGCGUACCGCGUCAGCUUUCCAGCGAGGCGCGCGGACUAGCGCCCUACCACUGUCCAAUCAGGAAGACAGGAGCCCUCGCCUGGACAAUGCGCCCGAGCAUUCGCGUCUUGUCAAGCUGUGCCUGACGAACCUGCGCGAGCUCCCAGAGGACGUCGAGAGCGCACUGCGCUUGACCGUGCCCGAGCUUGAAUGCUCGUACAGCCCGCUUUGA